AGAUGGGUAACAGCAGCAGAAGACCACACCCGGUACUAGCAAGUACCUGAUGAAGUGGCCGCCAUGGCAGGGUGUGGCUCACGUCAUAAAGUCCGCCAAUGGCCUGUGUCAGACAUCACUGGGCAUCAGCACAAGACUGUGUUUCCUGACAAUUGUCACACCAAUGAGAAAGAGUUUGUGUUCGUUGUUGGCGAUUCACAUCUCGGAUCUUUUGCUGAUGGAGUUGUGAACAUGCCAGAGGGUCGACUGUCCUUUGGUUUUAUGGCCACACCUGGAGGAGAUGCAACAGCGUUGCGUUUGGAGAUCUCCCAUCUUGGUGAUACUCCACGUACUCCGGAUGCAGUGUGCCUGCUUGCUCCAGGGAACAACAUGACCUCAAGUCGCACUAUUGAGGAGGCUGCCAGGGCCUUUGGGACUCUCCUCAGUGUUGCAUUGCAACACUGGCCAAACAAGGUGUUUGUGGUGGAUUUCCCCAUACGACAUGUACAUGCAACACUGGAAUACCAGCUUCUGCUAAAGCAGGAAUAUCACAGAGUUGCAGCAAAGAUGGGGGUGCGGUACUUCUCAACAAAUGAUAUUUUCCAGCCAUCCAAAAGGCAUCUGUGGUGUCAGGAUUUGGUACACCUAAGUGAUGACAAAGCAAAUUCUCAGCGGGGGUGAAAACAGACCUCCGAAACCAGCUUCAAGGAACAACACCUGGCUGCCUACUUCAGCAUCUCCAUAAAUGGACCCCAUCCUGACGCCUUCCCAUAUGAUGUGCAUUGGAAUAUUUUUCCACAAAGCCCCGUAAAAUAAGAUGUUGAAACAAACAGUGCACACUUUGCAACAAGUAGGCUGUGCAGCAGUCACUUAAAGUGUAGCAAUGCAGCACUCACUGUAUAUUUUCCCAUUUAUUUUACACAAACUGUUGCCAGUGGAGCACUGUAUAUUUUCCCGUUAUUUCACAAACUCUACCAAUUGAGCACUCACUGUAUAUGUUUUCCAGUUCUUUCACACAAAUUAAAGCUAUAGACCACUGUAUAUAUUCCCUUAUUUGUUUGACACAACUUGAAGCCAUGGAACUGUAUAUAUUCUGUUAUUUCUUUCUCACAAAGUACUUCCCAAUUCAAAUAUUUCCAGUGCCCCACCUUAUAUGGUAUUAUUUCAUAACUCAUUUUAAAAAGCGUGUGCCUCCUCCCCCCAGUCAGCUACCGCUAAAAAUACAAUCUCAUUCUGUGGAGAGGGGCAUACAGGAGAUGACCAAUAAUUGGAUGGCCCAUGUGCGUUAUUUUGUAUAUUACAUUUACAUUUAUUUUCCCUUUGCGUUUUUGUCCUCUUGCCAUUUUCCUUAUGAUUUUACUCUGUAUUUUUUUCUUUAUUUAUAUUACAA